AUCAAUGAGACAAGCAGACGAUAUUUACGAGAAAUAUAAUCAUACGGCAAGUAGACAGUGGGCAAAAUGGUGGCAGACGAGAAAUUGUUUUUCUCGAAAGCCGUCCAACAUUUAGCUAGAUGUUUAGCAGCAAUUAAACCUACAUCAUCAGAAAAGAUCUCACAAUUAUUCAAGUUAUGCCCACAAGAAUCUACUCAAGGUAUAUAUAGAUUAGAUCAAAGAGGUCAAGAUGCAACUAUUGCAUUGGGAAUAUACUUUUUGGAAUCUGGUCUACAACAUCGGGAUAAAAUAUUACCUUAUCUUUUACGAUUAUUACGUGGUCUUCCAAAAGCUGUAUGGUUGGAUGAGGUCAAAUGUUCACCUAGUGAACGUAUUCCUGUUGCUGAACGGUUUAGUUUUUGUUUAAAUACAUUACUUAGUGAUGUUGCAGCUAGAUGUGAACCAGUACGUGAAGAAAUCAUUUCUACUCAAGUAGAAAUACUUGCAGUUUUAACAAAUCUCAUUAGAGGAUAUAAAGAUCAAAAUGGCAAUAGAGGGAUGCAAGCAAAAUUGUCAUUGUGUAAAUGUCUAGUUCCAGUAUUAAUUGGUUUAGCUCGAUCUAUGGGUCGCUUUGCAUAUACUGAUCCACCUCUUUUAUGUCGUAUUUUCCCGAGACCGGAACCACCUCUCUUAAAACCAAAUGCAGAAACGCGUUUAAUAUCGGAUAGAAAACAACAUAGUUUUUCAAACUUUCGACCAAUUAUUCCUCGAUCGUUAAGUGGUAAUUUGAAUCCUCAUCCGACUGUGGAUACUGCAUCAAGUUUAUUGAUCGGGGAUCACGAAUAUCCCUGUGCUAAACGACCAUCAUUACAAUCUUAUUCAUCAGUACCCUAUGAUCCGCCCACAUAUUUUUUUAGUCGAUAUGGAUCAAGUUUCAAUCAGUUUCCUCAAAUGAGAUGUAAUGAAAGCCCUGAGAGAAGAGCUGGUAUGCAAUUUAAUGUAGUACAUUUACAAAGUGUAUUGGCUUUAGCAAAGAAAUUGCUUACUAAAGAAAUUUUAACAUUUCUCGAUGAAGAAACUCAACAAGUUUACAAUUCUGGACAGGUGCAAAUAUUUCCUUAUCGUACAUUUAGUGAGACAAUGAAUUUAGUAAUGGUUGCUCUUUUACGAGAAUUGUUACAAAAUCAACGCGAUUUGCCUAUUCCAUUUACAAGAGAUGUACAAGAAUUCGUAAAAGGUCUAUUUUUGUCUGGUCAAACAGAAUUGCAAUCGCGUCAACAUGAUGCAAGUGAACGCGAAGACAUGGAUACUAAUUUCCGAACUGUAAAUAGAUUUAAAGUAAAUGUUAUGGCUAAUUCUGCGUGUGUUGAUCUUCUUGUUUGGGCAAUUGGUGAUGAAACUGGUGCAGAUAGUUUAUGUGGACGUUUAGUUGAAAAGAUUAAUUCUAAUCAUGGACCAAAACUGGUGCUGGCACAUAUGCCUUUAUUAAUGGUAUGCCUUGAAGGAUUAGGAAAAUUAGCGCAAAAAUUUCCUAAUAUUGCAAGUACAUCUAUAUAUUAUCUUCGAGAUUUUCUUGUUGUUCCAUCGCCUAUAUUACUUAAAUUACAUCGUCAACAAAGUGAAAAAGGAAAAGAUAUACAAGAUUCGAAACAAACUACUUCAUCGAUACAAACAGCCUUUGAAAAAUUACGAGAUGCAGCUAUUGGUAAUCUUUGUAUUGCUCUAGAAGCUGCUCAUUCUGUGAAUCCGGAUUGUGUACCAGCAUUAGUUGCUAGUGUUUCGAAUAGAUUAUUUGCUGCUGAUAUAUGCGACGGUGAAUCCGAUGACAGGUCGAAUAGCGAAUUAAUUUCGAAAAAUAUAGUAAUCAUGUUGGGGCACGUCGCUGUUGCGUUGAAAGAUACCCCAAAAACUAUGCGUACAAUAUUCCCGUUUUUUCAACAAUUAUUUUGUCGUACUCCGAGUGAUCUUGAUUUUCUGAUCGUGGAUCAGUUAGGAUGUAUGAUUAUUGCGAAAUGCGAAUCAAAGAUUUAUGAAGGCAUAAUGCAAAUGUUUUCUAUGUCAUUGGGUUCAAGUACGGCAACUUAUGCUUCUAAUGAUGAUCGAAAACAGUACUGUCAUGUAGCUAAAGCAGUCACAAAUGCUCUUGCAAAUAUAGCAGCAAAUCUCCAAGGUGAAACAGAAUUAAAUGAUUUAUUACUUCAUUUGCUUGAACUUUUUGUUCAAUUGGGAUUAGAAGGUAAACGUGCCAGUGAUAAAGCAUCAAAUAAUGUUACUAUGACGAAAACAGCAAGUAGCGCAGGAAAUUUAGGUGUGCUCAUUCCUGUGAUUGCUAUAUUAGUACGGCGACUUCCACCGAUCAGACAUCCACAAAAAAGACUUUUAAAGCUUUUUAAAGACUUUUGGCUUUAUUGUGUCGUGAUGGGUUUUGCUGGCGAUCAAGCACCGCGAUUGUGGCCUGCAGAAUGGUACGAAGGCGUUAAAGAAAUUGCUGUAAAAUCGCCUUAUCUUAUUUCGCAAACUAGUGCACGACUUGAAAUGAGAGAAUUACAAUAUACUUCAGCUGUACGCAAUGAUAGCGUUUCUUUGAAUGAAUUACAAGAAUUAAGAAGUCAAAUAUUAAAAUUAAGUACUCGAACAAACGAUAUAUCACAAUAUGUGACAAAAUUACAAUUUGCACAAUGUACAUAUUUAUUAUCAGUCUAUUGGUUAGAGACAUUGAGAGUGGCAAACAGUUCUGAACCUAGUUUACAACCAAUAAUGGAAUAUUUAUGUGAUACAGAUUUACAAAAAGAUAAAAGCGGUAUGUGGCAAUGUAUUUGUUGUGUUGCUGAUUCUGUCUUUGUGAAAUUCAAAGAUGUUAUGCAGCGUAAACCAAAAGAUGAACGACGUGAAAAAGAACUCGAAAAUCAUGCUCAGUUCCUCUUGGUAUAUUUUAAUCAUGUACAUAAACAAAUUAGACGGAUAGCGGAUAAAUAUCUUAGUGCAUUGGUGGAUGCAUUUCCACAUCUUUUAUGGAAUUGUAAAGUGCUUUGGAGCAUGUUGGAUAUAUUACAAAUUUUAUCGUUUUCAUUGCAAAUUGAUCCAAAUGAAGAAACACCAAUUUUACGAAUACCUAGUACACCAUAUAGUAUUGAAUUGAUGGAUACACUCGAAGCUAGAGAGAUAAUUGUAAAAGAUUUUACUGCAAGGUGUAAAGGCAUAGUACAAGAAGCUAUGAAAUGGGCGCCUCAAGCUACUAGAUCACAUUUACAAGAAUAUGUAAAUCAAAUUCCAUCUUCUGGAUUAAAACAUCAUUCUGGUUUAUGUUUAUCUACUGAUUCAGUUCUUGAAUUUGUAGAUCUUGCUAUUCCAACCUCGGCCUUACCAAAUACCAAUUCAUUAGAUAAGCGACCAAAAGGUCCAAAAGGAGCCAGUUCUUGGCUUCUGUCAAUGAUGUCAACACGAUCACGAUAUGCCGGAGAAAUAGCAGGAAUGUUAUCAUUGGCACAAACCGAAUCAUCUACUUCUGAAAUAUCAUUUGAAGAAAUUAGGAAUAAAGUUGUAGAUUUAUUAAUCGAUGCUGUAUGGAUGGCUUGCCGUUCACGAAAUGAUGUUACGCAUCGUAGCGCUCUCUGGCGUGCUACUGCAUUAUUAAUAUCUAUGCCUGGAACACAUAGACGUUUGUUACAUACAGUAGCUUCUUCGCAGAUUGAAUUGUUCACUCCUGCAGCUAUGACUACAGCAGUUGAAUGUUGGCAAUGGAUACUCACUGUACGGCCAGAUUUAAAAUUACGUUUCUUACAAGAAAUGUUUGUUGCAUGGCAAUAUACUGUUGACAAAAGAAUGGGUUUGUUUGCACCAGAUGAAGAAGAAGUUAGUCCUCUGGCAAUAUACGAAGGUUGCAAGUUAGGUCCAAAUCCUCCCCAAGUCAAACCUCACGAUAUUUGGGUUACAUUUAUCGUAGAAUUAAUUGAAACUGCUAAAUAUUGCUGUCAGGAGACAGUUGACAUGAUUGUGAUAUUAUUACAUCGGUCACUGCCCAUGACUGUUGGUGCUUCUGGUGAGGAACCUGGAAUGAGUCGCCAUGUUGCCGCAAUUGGAGUACGCUUUAAAUUGCUUUCUUGUGGAUUACUUCUUCUUCAAGGAGAUAUUUUAUCAAGAACAUUAAGCAAAAACGUGUUACGAGAACGUGUAUAUUGUAAUUGUUUAGAUUAUUUUUGUCGAGAUCGUCAAGUACCAACACAAGAAUUAGAGCAAUUACAUGAAGACUUAGUUACGCUUAUACGAUUUUGGCAAGUAAUGCAUAGUGAUAAAAAAUAUUUAGUAAUGACUGGUAACGAAAGUGAAUUUGAAAUUUUAACACCCCAGUCAUAUUCAACUGGUGGUUUUGGACCUAGCGAAACAAUUAGUUCAUUAAGUACAGCUUUAGGUACUACUAAUAGUGAAUUUUCAAAAACACCGACGAGCGUAUGGAUUAAUACAGUUCCAAUGUCUACUAGUAGUAAUACAUUAGGUAAACGUAGUAAUCGUAGCAAACGUGUUAUGAAUGCUAAUGUUUUUGUAAAGGAUUAUAUAAAGAAAAGAAAUUUGAUUCUUGAACUGCUGGCAGUUGAAAUAGAAAUGUUAUUAGUUUGGAGAAAUCCUAGUGGAAGACAAGAACUUGCACUUCCUGGUGAAUCGAGUAUUGCAGAAUGGCGCGCUAAGGGUAUGAAUGAUCGAUGGCGUGAAUAUACGCGGCUUGCAUGGGAAAUUAGUCCUGUACUUGCUAUAUUUUUACCAGUUCGAUUAAAAAAUUCAGAAAUUAUUAUUAAAGAAGUAUGUGGUCUUGUUCGUCUUAAACCUGUACCAGUUAUGCAUGUUCCAGAAGCUUUACAGUAUCUUGUUACAACUGAUACAUUACUUAAUGAUGUACCUGAAUUGGUAUAUAUGCUAACAUGGGAAAGAGUAUCACCUAUUCAAGCUUUAGCAUAUUUUUCUCGUCAAUUUCCUCAUCAUCCAAUAUCUGCACAAUAUGCAGUAGAGGUGCUAAGUAGCUAUCCAGCAGAUGCUGUACUUUUCUACAUACCGCAACUUGUACAAGCUGUACGCCAUGAUACUAUGGGUUAUGUAAUAGAAUUUAUAAAAAAAAUCGCUAAACGUUCACAAGUAGUGGCACAUCAAUUAAUUUGGAAUAUGUAUACAAAUAUGUAUUUAGAUGAAGAUAAACAAAUUAAAGAUCCUAUUCUGUAUGAUAUAUUAGAUUCGCUUGUAAAAAGUAUUUUAGGAUCAUUAUCUGGCCCAGCAAAACAAUUUUAUGAAAGAGAAUUCGAUUUUUUUGAAAAAAUUACAAAUAUUUCAGGUGAAAUAAGACCAUAUCCUAAAGGUCCAGAACGUAAAGCAGCAUGUUUAAAAGCUUUAUCAAAAAUCAAAGUACAACCAAGUUGCUAUUUACCAUCUAAUCCUGAAGCCAUGGUAAUUGAUAUUGAUUAUCAAAGUGGGACUCCUAUGCAAAGUGCUGCAAAAGCACCAUUUUUAGCGCGCUUUAAAGUACGAAAAUAUGGAAUUAACGAAUUAGAAAAUAUUGCAUUAGCAGUAUCAGCUAAUGGUAAAAUGGAUGUUAAUAAAAGAGAAUCAGAAAAAGAGACAUGGCAAGCUGCUAUUUUUAAAGUUGGAGAUGAUGUUAGACAAGAUAUGUUAGCUUUACAAGUAAUCAGUAUUUUCAAGAAUAUAUUUCAAAAAGUUGGAUUAAAUUUAUUUUUGUUCCCAUAUAGAGUAGUAGCUACAGCACCUGGGUGUGGUGUCAUAGAAUGUGUACCUAAUGCAACUUCACGUGAUCAACUUGGUCGCACCACUGAUAUUGAUAUGCAUCAAUAUUUUAUCACACGUUAUGGGGAUGAAACAACGAAAGAAUUCCAAAACGUACGUCGAAAUUUCGUAAAAUCAAUGGCUGCCUAUAGCGUUAUUACGUAUCUUUUACAAAUAAAAGAUCGCCACAAUGGUAACAUUAUGUUGGAUACUGAAGGCCAUAUUAUACAUAUCGAUUUUGGAUUUAUGUUUGAAAGUUCGCCUGGAGGUAAUUUAGGUUUUGAACCUGAUAUUAAACUGACUGAUGAAAUGGUGCUUGUAAUGGGAGGUAAAAUGGAAGCUGCACCUUUCCGUUGGUUUAUGGAAUUAUGUGUACAGGCUUUCCUUGCCGUAAGACCUUAUCAAGAAGCUAUUAUUUCUUUAGUUUCUUUAAUGCUUGAUACUGGAUUGCCAUGUUUCCGUGGGCAAACAAUAAAACUUUUACGCGGUAGAUUUGUGCCGACAGCAACUGAUCGCGAAGCAGCGGCCUAUAUGCUCAACGUAAUACGUAACAGCUACCUCAAUUUCCGUACGAAAACUUAUGAUAUGAUACAGUAUUAUCAGAAUCAAAUUCCUUAUUAAAUUCUACUUCUAAGUAAUUUUCAUUGACAAUUGUUAAUUUAUAAUGAAGAAAUUCAUUAUUUCUGCAAAAAUUGUUGAAUGAAUAUACUAUGUAUUAUAUUUGUUAGAUACAGCAAUGUUACAUUUGCUGUUUGUACAAACUUCUUAGUGUCAAUGUUAUUCUUAGACUUAUAUAAAUUUUAUGAAAACAUUGUGCUCUGUAUGUAUGUAAGAAUAAUGUAUUAUAAAGUGAAAAAAUUAUUUUAUGUCUGCUAUAAAGCAGAAAAUAUGUAUACAUAAAAAACAUUCCUCUAUUUAUUAUUUAUGUACUGUUGUCGGUUAAAUAUUAAAUGGGAAAAUAAUUCAAUAAA